AUGAGUUCUCAUUCAGAAAUUAUGUCAAAAUUACGGAAGAGUCCAGAGGUGAGGAAUCUCAGUCGAGAAAUCCGAAAACUACAUACAACCGAGUUGAAAGCCAGAUUACGAUCGCUGGGCGCUAACACGAAUGGCCCUAAGGAUUUACGCCAGGACAGAUUGCUACGUGCAGUACUAUGGUGCACCGGCUACCAAAAGUCAGUGCCAUGGUACGAUUGGGACAACGCCAAAGAGGAACCAACUCAAUCGUCGGAAAAUUUCACGAGUAGGCGCAAUUCCAAGAGAAAACAUAAACAAACGUAUGGAGAAGAAACCGAGAAAAUUCGAGUAACGAAGAUGAAAUCGCGUAGUGAUUAUGUUGAUAGAGGUCAAGACCACGAAAACCAAGACAGUUCCAGCAAAGCCAAGCCUCAGCAUCAGAAAGAGAAGGUGUCGAAGAAGAAGAUUCGAAGACUACGUGGUCGAGUUAGAAGUCGAAACCGAGAUCGAAGCCAGAGUUCUAACAGUAGUUCAAGUCGAAGCAGCCGUAGUCUGAGCAGUAGCAGCAGCUCGAGCAGCAGCAGUUCGACGAGCAGCAGUAGUUCAAGUCGAAGCAGCAGCAGUUCAAGUCGAAGCAGCCGCAGUCCGAGUAGUAGCAGCAGCUCGAGCAGCAGCAGUUCGACGAGCAGCAAUAGUUCAGGUCGAAGUAGCAGUAGUUCGAGUCGAAGCAGUUGGAGUUCAAUUAGUAGUCGUUCUAACAGCCGUGCAAGCCGAAAUUCAAGUAGUAACAGCCGGAGCAGCAGCAUUAGCAGUUUCGACAGCCGCUAUCUAGAGCCAGAGUCGGAUAGUGCUAAGAAGAUUGCUGAGCCAGUAAUUUACAGCUCGCCAUUUGAGGAUUGCCAAGUCUGUGGUUUCAAGGACGUAGUCUUUCAGAGCUGCCCAAACUGUGCAGAACUGAGAACCUCUGUUGAAGUGCAGAAAACUGGGCAUGCGAGGUCUGCGUUGCAGAGAGGUAUGCCAGUUUUGGGAGGGGGAGGGAGUGGUCCAAGCCCACUAGUGUCGCCAGAGAAGAAGCUGAGAAGGAAACAUCAAGAGAUAGGGAAAGGAGAUGUAGAAGAAGAGGAGAAAUUUUUGGUGGACGAAGAGAAAUUUAGUGUAAAGAAGAGAAUUUUCGUAGAAAGGAGAAAUUGUGUAGAAGAGAAGAAGAAGUGUCGUGUAGAAGAGAAGAAGAAAGGGUUUGUAGAAGAAGAUAAGGAGGUUUUAGUUGAGAAGAAAGAAGAGAAGUGUCUGCCGGACGCUAACGUAACCCGUUGGCCGAACCGCAGAGUUGCGGUUGAGAAGAAAGAAGAGAAGUUGCUGCCGGACGCUAACGCAACCCGUUGGCCGAACAGCAGAGGUGUAGCUGAGAAGGAAGAUGAUAAGUUGUUGCUGAACGCUAACGUAACCCGUUGGCUGAAUAGCAAAGUUUUAGUUGAGAAGGAAGAUGAGAAGUUGUUGCUGAACGCUAACGCAACCCACGAAGAGAAGAGUAGUAGAGGUAGUGCAGAGAAGUCGAAUCUUGAACUGAUUCCAACUUCGAGUUUACCAUCGCCCAUGGUUACAGAUCACUGUGAAGAUACGAAAGCACAGCCAGUCAUGUUGAGUCCAGCAGCUAACAGCCGUGGCAGGAUUAGGGAAACCCUAGCUCAAUACGAGAGGAAGAACGAGUCGGUCGAGGAAUCGACAUUCUUACCACUUACAAAAUUGCAGACUAGAACCCAACCUCAACCGGCGUUACAGCCUGAUCAAGUUAACAGACAAGAUGCCAGUAGUACUUCAGGUUUUCAGCCAGAUGAUAAAAUCAAGAAGUGUUCGGAGUCAGCAUUCCUGAAUGAAGAGAAAAUGCGUUGUAGAAGAAGAAUGUUGGAGAGUGAUGAAGAGAAGAAGACGUAUGCGAAUGCUGACGCAACCCGUCGGCUCAGCAACAUCGUAGUCAUGAAGCCAAGGACAACUGCUAGUGCUGUUACAGCCUGGCCGUCCAGUAGUGACGACGAGGAGGAGAAGAAGAAUAGUAGAUGUAGAGCAGUGAAGUUAUGCAGUAGUGUGAUUCCAUCCUCAAGUAACGAUUGUCUAUCAUCACAUAAGGCUACCGAUCGCCGUGAAGAUACGAACGUACAACCAGUCCAGUUAAAAUCAGCAGCUAACAGCAGUGGUCGAAUAAUGGACUCAAUAGCUCAAGACGAGGUGAAGAACGAGUCGGGAGAGAACCCGAGGGAUUCAUCGCUCUCAAUAUUGCAGCCCAGAGCCAAUUUUCAGCCGUUGUUACAGCCUGACCGAAUCAACAGACAAGAUGCCAGUAGUACUUCGGGAUUUCAGCCAGAUGGUGCAAUCAAGAAGAGUUUGGAAGCCUCAUUCGCAGAUGAAGGAGAAGUGUUGGAGCAGAAAGAUGUUGAAGAGAAGAUCAAGAAAGAAAACAUGGACGAGCAGACGAAGGAGGAGGUCGUGGGUUCGAUGGUUGGAGUGGAGAGAGAAGAUACUUGUGAACCUCUCAAGGACGAACUUACUGCCUGGGCCCUAACCGUAAAUGAGCCAGAAACGUCAGAAGUGCAGCACUCGUGUCUUGAGCCAGCUCAUGAAGAAGAGAGAGAUUUGAAAGCCAAAAAGGAGAGAAGAGUUUUCGUUUGGACAGAAGUCAGUUGCCGAACGGUUUUCGAUCGAGGAAAAAGUCUCAAGGAAGUAUACGUAGCAACCACGAUCACUAUGGCCACCAAUAAAGGCGUUUGGCCAGAGGACGUAAGGAGAGGUGCAUAUGGAUGGGUUGAGAGAACGUGUGUGGAAGGAAAUAGGUUCGAUGAGAAGAGUGAUGAGGAAAGACUGGGGAAUAAAAAAGAGGGCUGUGAGAGUGUAUGUAACUGGAAUGAUUAUGCCGAUUGUUAUGCAUGGAGCGAGUAUGUGGAGUGGAUGAGAGAUUCAGUGAAGGCGAGAUUGGACGAAGAAGCGAUGAAUGAAGAAGAUAUAAAUGAAGACGAUGUGAAUGAAGCUUGA